AUGGCAGCAACCAAACGGAACCGCACUUUGGAAAUUCUCAAUACUGCAGAAGCAGGCCAAUAUGGCGUCAUGGCAGCGAUUGCUUACAAUCUUGAACACUUGACUGCGCUGGUGCGCGCAGCUGAAUCGAAGCGAUCUCCCCUGAUAAUUCAGCUCUUUCCAUCGACACUCAAGCAACUGCCUCUGCUCGCUCACGCUGCAGCGCAUGCCGUCAAAACAGCGACCGUACCGCUUUCCCUGCACAUUGACCACGCACAAGAUGUCGAGCACAUUCGGGAAAUCAUCGCAACCCUGCCUGUAGAUUCGGUCAUGGUGGACAUGUCACAUUACGAGGAAGCCGAAAACCUAGAAAAGACCAGGAUACUCACAAAGGAGUGUCAAGACCGGGGUAUUGCAGUUGAGGUUGAAAGUGGAAGAAUCGAGGGUGGGGAGGACGGAAUUGCCGAUACAGGAGAUCUCCAAGCGCUCUUCACCUCCCUCAAAGACGUCGACAAUUUUAUCAAUGCCGGAGUCGACAUUCUUGCCCCGUCGAUUGGCAACGUACACGGCGACUACGGCCCUGCGGGUCCCAACGAAGGCCAAAUACACUAUAACCGCCUCGAAUGCAUCAACGAACAAAUUAACAAGCGCGUGCGAAUCGCACUGCAUGGCACCAAUGAUUUUCCGCCGGCAGUCAUGCAGCGCUGCAUACGCGCUGGCGCUGUCAAGCUUAACGUCAAUAAAUUGUUGCUAGAAGUGGGCAACGAGGUUUUGAGGAAAAAUGCAUCCAAUACUUUGCUGGCAAAGUUGAUUGACAUGCAGAUGGAGGCGAUACAAAAGGAGACGGAGAGGUGGAUGGACAUUUGUGGGAGUAGUGGCAAGGCGUAG